GAGAGAGACAGGGAGGAGGAGGAGGAGACAUACACAAACUCAAUGACCUAACGCAGAACUCUUUAUUUUGGUGUUAGAGGAGACCUUGUGCGGUUCAGAGCAUCUCCCCCCGACACCCCCCAGAGGGUUUAAUGUGUCGGACCGGCGUUGGUUCCCGUCACCCUUUGGAUAUCAUUUAUAACCGACAGAAACAUCGGACGGUACGAGCACACGGGCAAGGCAAUCCCGGAAAUAACAGGCGUACUCUCAGCCUGUCACGUAGGCUUACUCAAGAUUUGCAUUGCUGUAGGCUGCCGUAGAUAUAUACACAGAUUCAACAUGUUUAUAAGACUGAUAAAAACAAACACAGCCUGAGAGUAUUACAUGAGACUAAUGGGUAAAAUAAAGGCAAGCAGAGGACGUGAAGAUGAAAGUGCUUCUCUGGCUGUGGCAGAGCUCCUCUCCAUCAGAGUCAGCAGCGGCUCAGCUACAAAAUGAAGCGAGGACGUGAGCUACGUGCGCAUCCAGCAGACGAGAUGAAAUGGAGAGCUUGGGACACGCGGACCGUUUAAACCCCAGCUCCUCGUGCGUAUCCGUUCCAGUCUCACCGGAGAGAAGGACGAGUGGAGCGGAGAGUCAACACACGCACCGAGCGGACAUGGGGCUCAACGGCUUCUGCGCGGCACCGGUCGGGAGUCCAACGGCCGCGGAAUUACUCGCGGGGCUGGCUUCUCAGACCGACUCCCCUGGAAUCACCACACCGACGAAGCUGGCCAAAACCGGCGUGCCGCUCUACAACGGCGGGGUGGUGUCCCCACCUGCUACCGAGGGGAGCCACCCACCGAACGGUUACCCGGCACAAAUGAAGGGGGUGGCGGAGGUACCUGGCGGCCCCGUGUACCCCUUCUUCAGUAAAGCCGGUUUGGUGGAGAACGGAGAUUGGACAGUUCAUGAGAAGUGCCCUUUAUUGAUGCGGAGGAUCAAUGGUGACCUGAAAGCCAGACAGGUGCAACAACAGAAACGAAGAGGUGUGGACAAGGGCUCAGAAACUUUCAAUGGUCUCAAAAUAGGUUCACCAGAGUUAGGAGACUGUGAGGAUCCUGGUUUUGCUUCAGGAGACUCAGACUUCAAGCGAAGAAAGUUGGUAGAUGGUGGUGGCGCUCUCAAAUCUCCAGAGGCCUCCAGAGUGGCCCGAGCAGUUGCCCCACUCACGGUCGCUGUCAACGGCUCCCAUAGCAGCCAAAUGACUAUAAAUAAUGUGCACUGUGUCACUCCCCAGUCUCCCUUAACCCCUCCUGCCCCUCAUACUAACCAGCACAAUGAAUAUAAGAUGGCUUCAUCAGGCCCGUCAGCUGCACCCAGCCAGACCUCCCUUGUGGAGGCUAAGAGCAUCCCUAACCCACCAGCUCCUGCAGGACCUGGGCAGUCAGCAGAGCGCAUUGCCCAGCAAUACAUUAUCCCCUGCAUGAAGUACUAUGGCAUCUGUGUGAAGGACAACUUCUUAGGCCCUCAGCUAGGAGAUAGGGUCCUGGAGGAGGUGGAGGUUCUAAACCGCAGUGGGAAAUUUCGGGGCGGGCAGCUGGUUAGCCAGAGGAGCAUUCCCUCUCAGAGCAUCCGGGGAGACCAGAUCGCCUGGGUGGAGGGACGAGAGCCCGGGUGUGAGAGCAUCGGGGUGCUGAUGGCUCGUAUCGAUCAGGCCGUCAUGUACAGCGCUGCCAACGGACAGCUGGGGGACUAUGUCAUCAAUGGACGCACUAAGGCCAUGGUUGCCUGUUACCCAGGUAACGGGGCAGGGUACGUUCGCCAUGUUGACAACCCUAAUGGCGAUGGACGCUGUAUCACAUGUAUCUACUAUCUUAACAAGAACUGGGAUGUCGAGAAACAAGGAGGGUUGCUGCAGAUCUACCCUGAAGGCAAAAAUGUGGUGGCCAACAUCGAACCUCUGUUUGACAGGCUGCUCAUCUUCUGGUCUGACCGCAGGAAUCCACACGAAGUGAAGCCAGCCUACGCCACUCGCUAUGCUAUCACUGUCUGGUACUUUGAUGCCAAACAGAGAGCAGAGGCUAAAGAGAAAUACAGACUGGCAACAGGACAGAAAGGCGUUCAAGUGCCUGUCACUCAAAACAGCAGGACAUAAAUCUCAACAAAUCACUGGAGAGCACUCUGAAAGUAUUACGUGCCUUCCUGAAUUGCUAAUGGACUUUGUGAUUAUAAAGGGAGACACUGUUAAAUUGCCGGUCCUCUCUGCAGCUACAUGCCACUCUUACAUUGUCAGCUGUCAGAGUCAUGUCACGGGGCUGUGAUCUGAUGUUCUCCCACCAUGCGACUGGGCUGCUGAUCAAAGAUGUGGCAUAUAGAGCACAGGGGACUGGAUUCUGUGGCAAUGAUAAGAUCAGAAUUGUGCGAUGUGUCAAAAAAAGGAAGAAAGUAACUUUGACAGUCUCACUGAAUAAUCAAUGAAGAUAACUGACUGAAAAAAGAAGAAAAAGACUCCUUAAUUUUAUUUAGUUGCAGUUUUGCCUGUUCAAAUAUCAUUGAUGUUGUGAUGUACUGAGAAAUAAUUGUUUCAUUCUGCUUUGAUGUAAUUUUCAAGUCAAACACAAGGAGCAUAAAUGAAUGAGCAGAUAGGCAGUUGAAAUUCCUUAUUUCCCCUGGUGUGUGAUGUGGUCCCAUUGUCUUACAGUGCGGGCAAGUGUUUAUGUCGGUGUAAAGGCAGGUACAGAAAAGAAACAUCAAGUAAUUGUUGGCCAUGAUAUAGUAGAAAGUUCCCCUGGCUCAAGCACCAUCCCUAAACAUUACAGGGAUGUACUCUCAACUUACGAUCAGUGCACGAGGAUAACUCCACGCCGUAGUUUUGUAUAGCACACUAAGUAGAGUUCAAGAAUUAUUCCAGAACUUUAUUAUAGUAUCUGUGUAAGAAUAAAAAUCUUUUGCAGCACCCUCAGAACAUUAGUGCAACAGAAACACAGAAUGGAUGUUUCUUUUUUUUUUUUUUUUUUUUAGUAGUUGCAAUGUGUGUAACAGAUUUCUAAGACUGAACGUGGAGUACACAAACUUUUUCCUACACGCGAUGUGAAUGCUUUCUGUUUGACUGAUACAUGGCUGACACUUGAAACAAGCUGUCCAGUGACAGGGGUCAAAACAGGGUAGAUUAAAUGGAGUGUGCUUUGUGUGUGUGUGUGUGUGUGUGUGUGUGUUGUGUGUGUGUGCGCGCGUGCGCGCUCAUGCCUGUAUGCAGAUUCAUUUAGGCUUUUGUAUAUUCUUAACAGUAUCAUCAGUGUGGAUGCUGUUCAACAAACCAGCCCCACAAAAAAAACAACACAAACAGAAAAGGUAGAUAAUAAUAAUUUAAAAAUGGCCAUUGUACUAAACAAUACUUGGCAGAAUGAUAACCACAGACAACUUGUUGAAUCUAUUUUCAGUAUAAAGCACAGAGUUAAGCAUGUAUUGUAUGAGAACUGCAGGGUGAAACUCUUGCCUGUUUGAGUGGGACUGAGUAUUUGUGUGUAAACGUGUACUUGUCCACUGUCUUGAGGAAGGCUGCAGGUAUUGUCUUACUGAAUGGUUGAAGGGUAGGUAGCUUUAAAAAGCACUUUAUUGUUUCCAAUGCCAUGCGUGAAUGAUAGAAUAAAAUAAAAACAGAUGAAUGCCUUUAUGCUGUUUAUAAAAUGGCCGAUCUAAUGCAAUAGAAACUAAAAGAGUGAGAAUAAAUGGAAAUUUUGCCUUUUUUAAAAUUGGAGUAUUUAAUUAAAACCUGUCUGUUUUUGAACAUAUUUUGUGAUCGAUUUACUGGGAAAGAUAUUUUUCAGCCAUUUUUUUUUCCCCUCGAGGCAGAUGAGACCAAGAGAGCAGCACCACACGUUUUCAAAAUAAAACAAUCGAUCUCAGUGCACAGAGAUACUAUUAUAGACAGUACUGUGAAUAUUGGAAACCACGUAUACCAAAUCAGUUUUCACUCUUGGUCGUACCGUGAAGAAGAGUACACCAAAUCUCUUGGAAAAUUAAGGUCUAAUUUGAGGACAAAAAGCAAAAACAAGGUGCUAAGUUGUAAUUAUCAGUUAUCAAAUGCUGAAUUGAUGAAUAAGUUGGUAAGAGAGAAUGCCAGUACAAGCCAAAGUAGGCAGUGCAGUGAACAAGCUUCAUAUUUAUGGUUAUCAAUAAACGUGCAGUACGUGCACUGUGAUGCAGUCCAACGCUCAGAGGAACUUGGUAUCAUGUUAGCCUUAUAGAACCUGGGUAUUCUCCAAAGCUGAAACACAUGUACUAUCUUACCAGUAUGUGACUGCAAAAUCAGCAAACAGAUCAGGUUAUAUUUGCUCUUAUGACUCUUAAUGUAAACGGUAUAUCUAAGAGCUUGUAAAGAGGCUCUGCGUUACUGAGUAAAUGAUAAAGGUCAGUCCAUCAAGCUGAGUGCCACUGACUCCGGAAGGGCUUCUGUAAGUUUACAAAACACCUGCUGUUGUGGUUUUGUCUUCUAUUAUUCAAUGUUUGCUUCCAUAUGACCCACAGUAUCACAGGGCUCCAGACCUAUGGACAGAAUGCUUCUUAUCCUGUGCUACUGGAUUAGUAGUAUUAACAACGUGCUUUUGGUUUCUCAGGUCUGGCUGGUACUGUACACUAGUGUGUUUUAACUAGUGUGUUUGCUGAGUGGACGGUCAUACAGUUAAUCACAACAGUAGUCAACAGUAUUGUUACAACUUAUACUAGGCUGUAAUCAAAUUUGGCAUCGUUUUUACUAUUUUCCUUGAACAAUGAAUGCAGUGGUUUGUUAGCCCCAUUUCUCAUAGUUACAAAAACAGCGAGAAUGAGAUCACAGAUGACGUGACCAGUUUAUUUUGUUUAACACAGACACAAAUGUGGGGACACAUCCAAUGGAAAGAGCCUGUCCCGCUGACCCUUUUAGUAAUCAUGACAGCGACGCAAAAUCAUCACGACAGCCAAUAUAAACGGGUUCAUCAAAACAUGCUGACACAUGCAUUGUGUGUACUUACAUACAUGCUGCAUGCAUAAAUAAACUAUCUCCAUUCAAUAAAA